GUCUCUUCUUUUGCCUAGUGCAUCUCUUUCUUCUCUAUUCAUUUGACCUUAGCUUCGUACGCGAGCAUUCCCUGUUUGAUACCUCUUGGGAAGCUGGACUUUCCCGCAAUCUUGUUUGCUCUAAAUCGUCUCAGACCUGCGGUGACUUUAUAUAGCAAGAUGUCUGUGGAGUACUCUUAUUAUCGUCCCUCAACCCCUCCUGCAUUGCAUCUGCAAGAAUAUAGUGGAACGGGGCAUAGCCGCAACGCUUCUGAUUCUUCUGUUUACUCCAACAACUCGUCGCCCUGGUCCGUCAUCACGUCGGCUACCAGCCCUGUAGUUGACUCGCCCCCGCAACACCACCAUGGGCCUACUCUUCUUCCGAAGAUCAGACCUCAAGACAUUGUGAUUGAGCCUCCACCCGCCAGUGGAUCCCAACGUCAACGGCGGGUGCUGUCAAACACACGCAAUCCUCCUGAUUCUUUACCGCUUGCUUCCAACCGCCGGUCAAGCCAUCGGGUUGCUGUUGAGGCCUCAGGGUGCAUUCCUAUGGCAUCCCCGGCCGUGGCGUCGCCAAAGUAUACCACUCGCAAUGGCUCGUCAUUAUCAUCUCCCGUGAGCGUUACGCCGGCGCAGAAGCGCAAGGCGACGAGCGCGCACACUCGAUCAGUCUCUGCCUUCAACGUCGAGGAUCCAAGGACAAGUCGAUGCGGAUAUCCAGCAUAUCGACAGGUCAUCAGAUACGCCUCUCAACCACAGAGUUCCCCUACCACACCGGCUACGCCCGCCACACCCAAUAUUAUAGUGUAUCCGCCUUAUGCGCCUCACUCGCCAGCGGAGCCAUACUAUCCCAAAGUGUACCCUCCGGUGCAGGUGCCACUCAUGCUUCCCGGCUCACCAUACGGGUACGUGCGAGCGUCGAGUGCACAAUGCUCUCCCAUCGGUCUUGUUCACCAGACCGAGAGGACGAACUCUCAGUCAACCACCUUGCUCUCGUACCUUACCACUCCGACACAAGCAAUCAACCUCGUGCGCAACGUGAACGUGAUUCCGACACGAGGCUUGCACGAUUACUUUUGGUGGGACAUUCGGAACUUGCGCAGUUGGACUUCGUUUUCUCUAUCCACGUUCAACUCUAUCAGUGGACUUCCGAAACUUCUCAAAACCGCAAUCCCUUCGCAUCUUACGCCUCUUAAUAUCCUUCCGAGCUCUUAUUUGUCCCCAGAUUGCGAGCCAGCUCUAGUCAACGUCAUCCGAGACAUCUAUGCACCUCGUAUCAAUGCUGCCUUGGCAGUCUCGCAAGGCCCGGAUCACUUGUCCCUCUACGCUGUUCCUAUUCCGCGUGGGUCGCCUAACAAGAACUAUGGCGGGCCUCAUUUUCUCGCCAACUAUGCGUCUGACACCGAACGAACAAGCUCGGGCCUUGCCAGAGGACGACUCGUUGGUAUUGUCAAGACCUUCGACCGCUGGAACACGGGAAUGCGCAACGAAGCGCCUCACCGCAGGGUGGAGUAUUUGAACGGUCUAGCACAUCUGCAGCGAUGCAUGCGCGAGCACUCUUGCCGCUACGGCUUCAUUCUCACCGAGAUCGAGCUCGUGUGUGUACGGGCAGGUUGUGACGAGGGCGACGAUGUGCCCUACUUUGGUUUCCUGGAGCUGUCUGCGCCAAUUCCAACCAAGCUCGCAAUCAACCAGCAUGGGCAUGACUCGGGGCCAUAUUCCAGUACUUAUGACUACCCGCAUUCGCCCACUCCAUCCAGCGACAGUUCCUUGGCGAGCCAGUCGCCCAUACUGGAUAGCUAUCCAAUUUCGGAUUCCGAUGAGCUGGACGUGUCAAUGACCGCCAGUCUAGCUUUGUACUUUUUACUGAUGCUUUCAAAAUCGGUUCCCUUGCCGUCACAACCGUCUGCUCAUCUCAACGUGGGAGGCCCAGGUGCCCUGACCCGGCAGCGCAUCCUACCGGAAAAGAAAGACAAAUGGAUCCCGGAGCCCCAGAUUGGGGAGCGCCGUGAUGCGAAGCGAGUGCGAGGUUGGGUGUGGCCCCAGGAUGCCUGGCAUCGUCGAGAAGGUGGAGGAGCUUCUCGUUCCCGAGCAAUGACGACGGAGCCCAGACCCAAAAAGUGGCACAAAUAAUAUACGUUAAUCUUAGCGGAGACAGGUUUCUCAUUGCUGCUACUAAUUUGGUUUGUUGUUAUAUAAAUUUUGUCUUAUAGUAAUGUAAUGUCUUUCCAUAUGCCAACCGAGCAUACUUUCACAGUACAGGGCCAGAGCCAUUCAUCAAUAGCGUCAAAUCUCACUCACAAUGACAUAAACCCUAGCAUAGUAG